GUUGCUUUUGAAAUUGUCAACAUAUUCCACUGACAUGCGAUUAAAUGUUGAUGUUGUUUCUAAUGUGCUAUUUUUUUAAUGUGAUCAUGCCUUUGUAAACGAGGAAUAUACUCCAGUUUAAUUAUGGAUGAACAGUUAACGUCAGGCCCAUACCGGGCCACUCUUCUGUGGAAUGGUUUGAUUCGAGCUUUCCGUAGUGACAUUCAGCUGAGCAGACACCGGCGAUACAUGAAGACGUAUGAUGACUGCUUUGUUGCUACAGAUGCUGUUGAAUGGCUGCACCAAUACCUGAAGAAAAACCCAAACUUUGGAGCAGAUGUGUCAAGGGUUCAGGCCAUUCAGCUGUUAAAGAAGCUGCACAAGGCGCGGGUCUUUGAGGAUGUACGGGGAUCUAAGCAUAACCGUGGGGAAUUUACUGACAGUAGCCGGCUUUUCAGGCUCACCCUGGCCUCCCCCUCUAAAGCCUGUAGGACACCUAUCACUCUUCGGAACAACUUGAAGCUUGCCAACCGAAAGCGGCCUGAGGACAAAACCCUCAGUGCGGAGCCCCUGAAACUAGAUUUUGACAAGAUGGCAUCAAUGCCAUCCCUGCCUGACAAUGCAAGCACACUGCCGGAGUGCCAUUUCGUGUCCAAGCCACUAUCAGGGGCUGAGAUUGAGGAACAAUGGAGGCUGAAUACACUGCAGAGCCUGGGUCGCGUUCUAGGUGCAGAGGGCUUAGAUGAUAUCAUAGAUCACCAGUGCGUGAAUGGCCGCCACAUCAUGCACAACUGUCUCUACAUCAACAAGAGUGGGGUUGUCACCAACAUUGAUCCAAUAGACCAACUUCCUCAUUGGGCAUUGUCAGCUAUGAAAUGUUUAGCUUACUGGCCUGACAAGACAGAUGAUAACCUCCCAAACUACCCGGGCUUUGAGAAGGAUGUCUACCGUGUUGUGAAGGAUUACUUCUGCGGCCUACGUGAACCACUCAUGACCUUCAACAUGUACGAGGUCAUAACUAAUGUCUUUGUCAAAGCAUCUAACGACACCAAGCAACCUGAUGUUGAUGACCACAAAGACAGUUCUGCUGAUUCACCGGACAACUAUUUUAAUUUCGACUUUACUAACAUUAACUCCACUCCUAAGACUAUGAUCUCAUUCAAGUCUGUGGAAAACUUGAUCAUGACUUUAACGAGACGUUCUAAACCUUCCACAGAGUGUCAGGACGCCUCAGAAGGAUAUGGAAGUGCAGGAAACAUACUUGACUUAUCUCCAAUUAGACCAGUGCCCGAAACAAGUUCCAGCAGGAGUAGCAGAAAUGGCAUUGACCAACCAGUGACGAGGUUUGAGACAGCAUUUGGGCCCGACAAUGAGACCGUUACCAGAGUGUUCUACGCAGAUGGUGUGGCUACUGACUUUAAUCACAAGGAAAAUGGCUCAGAUGUCGAGCGUACACCUAUUGAGACACAUUUUGAAGCUCAGGAAUCCCCUCCGAGUUCAGGAUCUUCAUUCUCAAGGAAAACAUCGCUUCGACACUCUAUGCAUAAUCUUUUCAAUAGAGGACCUUCUAUACGAGAAAAGAAACACAAGGAAAAGGGAAGCUCUAGAAGACGGAGUACAGGGUAUGGUCUCAAUGAUGAUAGCGCCUAUGGUUGUACUGUGGGUGUGUAUUCUAGAACGUCACCAGAUAGUUCAUCCUCAUCAUAUGAUACCCCAGUGUCUCGCUCUUCUCAGGUUAAUCGGACAGAAUCGUGUGCAGCAGGAUAUCUCGAUAAAAUCCAGAAGUAUCGGGGCCGACCCCCCGUGUAUGGUAAACUCCCAAGCUAUGAUACACUCUACCCUGAAUCAAUGUACCCGAAUUCAAACUCCAGCAAGAAAACCAGUCACCCUGUGUUAGAUGCCUCAAAGAAGUUCCUGAAACGCAAGAAAUCACUUUCAACAGCUUCUCUUCAACAUCAGCGGUCAUUCAUAAACAGCAGUGCUUCAUCAAAGAAAAACAAAUCUACAAUGUCAGACAACAGUGCAAGGAACCGGUGUGGGGACAAAGAUACCGUGAAUGCACGUAGUUUGAGCUUGUCUGAUCUUGCGGGGGCCGCACCGGUAGAGAAUGAGUUACAGAAGCAGUGUCAGGGCCGCAUACGCGAAAGCAAUGACAGUGAAACAAUGGAUGACUGUACGGAGCGCAUCGUGAAGGCCCUGCAGCUUGUAUGCCUUCUUCUCCCGCCCGCCAACCGACGACGGCUCCACCUCCUCCUUCGACUCAUGAACAAGAUGGCUGCCAACUCCAGACUUGUCCUUGAUGAGACCCAGUCUUCGAGGACUCUGUUACUGGAGACGUUUUACCGUGCUGUGCUGUGUAGCCAGGAGGAGGGGGAUAUGGAUGACCUGCUCGUUAUCCAGCUUGUGGCGUUCCUCAUGGACCACUAUGUGAACAUAUUCUCUGUGCCGGCCGACCUCAAGGCAACAGUGGAGGCCCGCAUUGCCAAGCUCCAGCGGACCAAGGCUGAAGGCUUUGAUCCCAGUUCUGAUGUAUAUGUGAAAAUCCAGUAUGCAAGCGAGGAUAAUCCUGGUUCCCUGCACUACUGUCAGCAGGUGAGCAUUGCCGAGUAUGAGAACCAGCGCCUUACUGCGUCCCAGCAGGCUCUCGCUACGUUACUUGAGGAAAUCAUCAACAACACAUGUAUGGCUGCUAAGGAGAAAAAGAAACGACUCAAACAGUUUCAGAAGAUGCACCCUGAAAUCUACAUGCGACGUUUCCCCUGCAGUCAGAGUGAGCCCAACCUGCAUCCACCACGCCCAAAAAUCAAACAGCCCCUUCUUGCCAAACCCCUCCUCAAGUUGAAAGGCCUCAGACUGUGAUAACAGCUACAGGGUGUCACUGAUGUUUGUGUCAGAGAAAUACAUACAUCAACUGUUUGAGUAACAAAAAAAUGUUUGUUGCCAGUUUCCCGACGUACUGGAAUCUCUUCAAGGGGUCAUGAGGAUAUAUGAUCUGUUUUGAUAUAUUUCAUGAUCUGUUGAACACAGUAACAUAAUUAUUAUGUGCUGCAGUUUUGUAAGGAUUUUAGCAACUAAGAUGAAGUUCAUUUUCAUGUAUAAGAAAUAUUAAUUUUUAGGGCGUCCACCGUAACUUGAAAACCAACGCCAAAAGGAAGUGAAAUAAUCCAGGUGUAAUGGUAUUGGUGUUUUGAAAAUCAUCAAAAGGGUCAUGUGACAGAAAUGUCUCGGGUUAGUUAAAAAUCAAAACAAUUGUGAUUACUUGGUAGUUGCAAGUAUUGUACUAUGAACAGAAUUACUAGUGAUGUACGGAUCCUUGUGCCAAACAAAACAAGAUUAUUUAUGUUACAAGGUGGUGACAAUAAUGUGUGAUUGUUGCUUUUUCGUUGAUAUGAAUGAAGGCCGAUUUAAACUAUGCACUUCAUAGUAGUCAUUGUCCAUGUUGUUUCAGGCAUUACAUUUAUUUAUACCGUAGUUAUUCAUUUUGGAUCGAAUUACAAAUGUAUAAACACCAAAAAAAGCAGUUAUUUUUAAUUAGUUUUUAUUCGUUUGAAUUUCAUUUUUUGCAAUAAUUUCUAUUGCCAGAAAGUCAUUUAUUUAUUUUGAUAUUGAUUGAAAAAGUGAUUGUUGAAUUUAUAUUAUUUUUAAAUUGUCCAGUCAGCAGACAGCUGAAAAAAUGCAUCAUUCCAAAUGGCAAAUUACAAUGGUGUACGUGUAUUACUGGUUGUUUAAAACUACGCAAUUAAAAAUUCAUUUUUUGGUGUGUUUAUAUCAAAUGGCAUUUUGUAAUAAUUGCAAUCAUGAGAUUUCUAAUUACUUAGUAUUGAUAUCAUAAUCAGGAAUCAUUUUAAUUAGACAUUUAUUUGACAAUAUCAUAAUCCAUAUCAGAUGUUUUGCAAAUAUUUGUCCUUAGUUCUGGCUAUCUGCUGUAGUGUAUGUUAGUUGCAGCUGCUUUAAUUACUCCUGGCAUAAUUAGCAAUAGCUUGUUGAUUUAAAUUAUUUCCAUUCCAUUGUCAGUGUUACUUUCUACCUCUAAACUCUGUGUUUUCAAAUGUGUGUUGACUUAUUUGGAAAAAAAAUCGUAGCCUCAACUAUUGUUGAAACUCCCACAUCAUUAAUAUUUUGAUUAAUUUCUUUCAAAUGGGAAUAUAAUGAUUAAUCAACGAAAGAAUCAUGUUAUACCACCUUUAUUAUACAUGUACCUAGAACCUUCAUUUUGUAUAAUAUUGCAUCUAAAAUUAUUCACUUUUAUCAUGUUAAUACCAGUAUCGCUUUGAAACCACCACAUUAUCGUUAACGUCCUGUAUAUAGUUUGUGAAAUGCUUUUUCAAUCUGUUUUCCACAUAUCUUUUUACUUUUGUACAUUUUACUUUUCAGCACUUAACUUCUUAUUUAUUUUACCUUUUACAUAUCUCUCUCUAUGCCUGUAAAUAGCACUUGUUAUUCUGCACAUUUUAGCUGGCUUGUUAAUUGUUAUGUAAUCAUGUGAGAACUCCCUUCCGAAUCAUGUUUCAAGCAAUAAAUGAAUGAAACAAA